UUCAUCAGCUUCCCCACAACCACCACCACCAGCACUAUGUCUGCCUGCCUACUCCUCUCAACUCUCAACUCCUCAGUAUUCUUCCGCUCCCUCGCUACUCCUCUCGGCCGACGGGAGGGAAUCGUUGAGCGAUCACUCCGCGCACAAACCUCCUACGCGCAAUCUGAUUGGUUCACACGUUUCUCCAUUCACGUCUCGUCUGCCCAGAAGACGCACUAUAAAUGAGCGGCCGUUUCCCACCGCUCUUCAGAUUUUUGUCACUUCUGUAACUUCAGUUUGUUGAUACUCUAAACUUCCCCCUUCAAGACAACUUUGUUGACAGUUUGUGUUCGCCCCAAAGUCAAGAGUUCCCAUUGGAUGAUACAGGAUAACAGACCGGAUUUCUGCUAACUGAAGAACUCUCAAACACACAGUUAGACGGUCGCUUCCACUCAGCUACACACAGAGGUGCCUUUACUGACCUUAAAUCGGAGGUGGACUGAAGGUUACGCUGCUUUGUGCUUGGACUUCGAUAAAUAAAGAACUUUCCUCCAAAAAAGAGUGAGAGUGUGGUGACGUCAGCGGUCCGAUCAGGUGCAGACCCAGUCAUGGUUCACGCGGGAAAACUAGCCGUUCUCACUCUCUGCCUCAUUUAUCUGCCCAACGUCGCCUUGGCGUUUUUCAAGAAGUAUGGAUUACAGAAACGAUUUGGGGAAAUUCCAGGGGUCGCAUCACACCAGUCACGACGAUAGCGCCGCCUACGAAGACCACAACAGUUUUGGCGGGAAGACGUACCUGCGCCUGGGCUCCACUAAGUCCCGCCUCUAUCUGGACUGCCUUACCGAGGAGGACCAGGGUCAGUACACGUGCGUGGCCGAGUCGCCCAAAGUGAGGAAGACACAGUCCACUCUUGUCACUGUCGAAAAAGGCGACGCCAUGACAUUAACAGACCUGGAAGGCUGCGUGGGGAAAAACUCCCAUAGAAAAGACUCUGCGUGAAGACGACAUGGAGUUGCCCUUAUAGUGACCUCCCCUGUGCAGAGACUGGAUUUCCCGCCCUGACACACACCGUCACGCUGAGUUCCCAGAAUUCCCCAUUCUAGUCAGUUGCGAGAGUCGAGUUGUCCCCCCUGUCCCUGAAUGCUGCGUUGUGAACUGAGAGCUGUUGGAAGUCGGCUGGAUGAAGAGAGCCUGGCAGUCCUACUGGUCAAAUGGCGCGAGAUUGUUGCUUCACGUCUGGCUGAUGGAUGAACGAAAUCGUCCUGGGAGAGCUUGAUGAACUUUGACUGCGGCCAAAAGUGCUAGAUUUAUUUUUGUUAUUUUGUGUUAAUUUUAGAACUUAUUAUAAUUAUUAUUAUCAUUAUUAUAAUUGUUGUUGUUGUUGUCGUUGACAUUGUUGAUAUGCCACAGAAGGUCACCCAUCUCCUUGUUUUCCCCGCUAGCACAUUACACACGUUAGAAUCAGCUUCUGUAUGUGUGCCAACAGGCACCGCUAUAAGCUAAUACAGUUUUGUCUCUGAACUGCAGUGAGGCGCCAUCCUACCCCCCCCCUCGGUCUGUCCUCUCGACUGCCCUGGAGAAAUCUCCUGCACUAACAAUGCAUCCCAAAGGUAGCUCUGCUACUACUGUUAGCCCAAGACACAAGCAGACGAGCCUCACUGAGGCGAGCCCUGGUCAGUGCAGUGGUCACUCAGCGUCCGGUGGUCAUUCUACCCUUCAGACACAGCUCGUGUGUUAUGUCUGAGAUUGCCUUGUCCAGCAGGCCGCUGUAAGUAAGCUUUUAGGCAGUUCUUCUAGAGCCCCCAUCCCAUCCCACACGCACCCCAUUCCCCACCCCAUCCCCCACCCUACUAUAUCCCGCACUCCAUCCCGCACC